AUGGGUAUAACAUUUAUUUGGUUCUUGACCAAGAGAAUCCCCAAAUUGCUAACUUUGGUAUUCAAUAUCAUUGUAGUAUUCCUGACAAUAUUUCUUUUGGUAGGAUGCUACAACACUUCCAUGGAAUCAACAUACUUGGUUCGUUACGAAUUCAAUAAAGACUCUUCAUUCUAUCCUGUGAUCACCAACUCAUUCAAGGGAAGUAACAAUACCGCGGGUCUAGAGAGUCUGAAAAUCAUCUCUGGUUACAUGGGCGUCUGUGUCAAAAAUGUGCCCUCAGGAUACAAAAUAUCGAACCAAGAAGUAGCAUCCGUGUGUUACCCUAGGAAAAACCUGACCAGUGUACCACUUUAUAGCGAUGUCGCCGUCGAAGUGUUCAACAAAAACUCGGCAGCUGGUAGCACGCCUUCAACACUAAACAUCCUGAAGCUCGCCGAGUUGACCUCUGUAAACGUCAUUCAUCCGUAUAUUUUGAUGGCCACAGUUAUCUUAUCCAUCAUACAGAUUUUGACACUAGUGUACCUGGCAAUCCCACACAUUCCCUUGAAGGAUGUGAUCGUGAAAUUCGUCCUGAUUCUAAGCCUGGUUCUCGAUCUCAUAUGGGGGAUGGGUGCAAUCUGGACGCAUAUAGGCAUCCAUGCCAGUUACCGUUUGGUGCCCGCUGCCAGUAUGGGAAUAAUAAAGGUACACAAGGGUAGAAAAGGUGCAGCAAUGUCGUGGACCGCCUUCGUGUUCUUACUUCUCAUUUCCAUCAUAUUGUGGUUGCACGAGUGGAAGAAGGUCAGAGAACAGCUUGCCGACGCAGAACCAAUAACCAACACAAGCCACAAAUACUAUUCUAGCGAAUCAUCUUCAUUUGCGUCAAAAGUCUGA